CUGGCUGACGCCAGGACUCGCAGAGCGACUCCUGCAGAGGCUGCAGCAGGAGGGGCCGCAACAACCGCACACACAGACCUGGGGACAGAAAAGUGACCCUCAAAAGGACACAGGACUGUGGGAGUCGUACCUGGUUGCUCAACCAUUCAAAUAAUACUUUGCCCUUUAACCGGACUGUCUCCCGACACUGUUCAGCCGCUUUCUUCAGGAGAGUUGAGGAGGUUGGCUUGUCCACCAUGAAUGUCACCUCACUCUUCUCUUUCACGAGCCCGGCAGUCAAACGGCUGCUUGGUUGGAAGCAGGGAGAUGAAGAAGAGAAGUGGGCAGAAAAAGCUGUGGAUGCGUUGGUUAAGAAACUGAAAAAGAAGAAGGGGGCCAUGGAGGAGCUGGAGCGGGCUCUCAGCUGCCCAGGACAGCCAAGUAACUGCGUGACAAUCCCUCGUUCACUGGACGGACGGCUGCAGGUGUCCCACAGGAAAGGUCUGCCACAUGUCAUAUACUGCCGGGUGUGGCGCUGGCCUGACCUGCAGUCCCACCACGAGCUGAAGGCGCUGGAAUGCUGCGAGUACCCGUUUGGCUCCAAACAGAAGGAUGUGUGUAUCAACCCCUACCACUACAAGAGAGUCGACAGUCCAGUACUUCCUCCUGUCUUGGUACCAAGGAACAGUGAAUUUAAUGCCAAGCAUACAAUGCUGCCUCGGUUCCGCAACCCUCUUCAACAGAACGAGCCACAUAUGCCCCAGAAUGCUACCUUCCCAGAAUCCUUUCCUCAGGCCACCACCGUGCCUUUCCCCCAUUCGCCGGGAAACAAUUACCCAAACUCCCCCGGAAGCGGCAGCAGCGCCACUUUCCCGCAUUCGCCAUCCAGCACUGACCCGGGCAGCCCAUUCCAGAUGCCAGAGACCCCCCCUCCUGCCUACAUGCCCCCAGAGGAGCAGAUGACUCAGGAUUGCCCACAGCCAAUGGACACCAACCUCAUGGUCCCAGCCUUGCCCCUAGAAAUUAGCAACCGGCCAGAUGUGCAGCCGGUGGCCUACGAGGAACCCAAGCACUGGUGCUCCAUUGUUUACUAUGAGCUCAACAAUCGGGUCGGAGAGGCGUUCCAGGCUUCCUCCACGAGUGUGCUGGUGGACGGCUUCACGGAUCCCUCCAACAACCGCAACCGAUUCUGCCUGGGUCUGCUCUCCAACGUCAAUCGAAACUCUACCAUUGAGAACACUCGGCGGCACAUCGGCAAAGGUGUUCAUCUGUAUUAUGUUGGCGGGGAGGUGUAUGCAGAAUGUCUGAGUGACAGCAGUAUUUUCGUCCAGAGCCGUAACUGUAAUUACCACCACGGCUUUCAUCCCACUACUGUGUGCAAGAUUCCCAGUAGAUGUAGCCUGAGGAUAUUCAACAACCAGGAGUUUGCCGAGUUGCUGGCCCAGUCUGUCAACCACGGCUUUGAGGCUGUUUACGAGCUCACCAAGAUGUGUACCAUCCGCAUGAGCUUUGUCAAGGGCUGGGGAGCAGAAUACCACCGUCAAGACGUGACCAGUACACCCUGUUGGAUCGAGAUUCACCUGCAUGGUCCGUUGCAAUGGUUGGACAAGGUGCUGACCCAGAUGGGCUCCCCCCACAACCCUAUAUCCUCGGUUUCCUAGGCCUCACUGUCCCAGGGCCUCACUGUCCUCAGCCCCGUGGCUCUCCAUACCCCAGCAUUUUGAUUUAAUCGCAAGAAUAGCAGCUAACUGGUCCCAGAGUGGUUUGUGGUUUAGUCUGUCGUCCUUAACUGAUUGGGUUUUGACUAAAAACCAAGCUGAUCAGGGACCUGUAAGGUAGUAAAAUGAAUAGGUUUGUUUUGUACUUGAAGGACAUCUGAAUUGGGCACAUUUACAGACUGGGAGAGGAAUAAGCAAAGUGAGCAUGAUGCAACUGGAAGAUACUUGAUCAUUGUGACCAACUGUAAUCAUUAGACCAUCACCCUCAUCAAGGCAAGUAUCCUCUCUGAUCUUGCUCCCACAAUUUAUUUUCCUUUUUUUUUUAAUGUUCUAUUUCUCUGACUCAUGACUAGUUUGCAUCUAAAUAUUCCCUCAGAAAUCCAGUUGUACUUGUGUAGUUACAGUAGUUAUGGGACAUUCCAGGUCGCCAAAAUGUUAGAUUGGCUGAUGUUUUCUGUCUGACUGCAGUGGAUUGGUAUGAAAUGUUUUUAUGAAGUGUACAAAGUUAGCAGGGACUUGGGGAAUGACCGAUGUGGCAAGAAAACUUCUGUCAUCUUCCAAGUAUGCUGGUUUCUCAAAAUAUUAAUUCAAGUUCUUUUUAAGUAAUUUUACUCUUAACGUGAAAAUAAAAUCCCACAACAAAAAUCAUGACUAAUAAUAACACAGGGGCAACAGUAGGGGUGCUUUAUGUGUAAAGUGUUAGGUUUAGAGUGGGGCAUGGGACUAAAAAGGGCAUUUCAGAUAUAAAUGACUAAAGUUUCGAUGUUGCUCAUUUGAUGUUACAGUUUUGUUUUGUUUUUGUUAGUUGUUUUUUUUAAUGAAUUUUAAGAAGAAAAGAAAGAAUAGUGUCUUGCUAUAUUACUUAUUAAAGUAUGUGCUGUGCAGUCUGGUUUUGCAAUGCAUAGUAUGGUUAGUGUAGUUAUGCAUUUAAGACUGCAAACUGAACGUGACAUGAAAUCAAGGCAAACACGAGUAAUGUGUAUUUUAUUUCUUGCUGUGUGCUCUGCAGCAGAAUCAAACGUGUCAAAUACAGAGUGGCACUGUGGAUGUAUACACUGUUCACUGUUUAGAACAAUGCCAUGAUUCCAGAUGUUACUAAACUUCACAUAACAUUACAUCUAUGUGCACUGAAAAUAAUGUGUAAAAUAAUAUACAAUAGACAGAAAAAUACUUAUUUUUAAUGGGGGAAAAAUUAAAUCUUCUAUCCUAGAAGUUUAACUUGCAGUGUGGAACUUUAUUGCCGCCCUUCUGGCAGCGAGUGUAAUUACAUAAACACUUCUGAUGAUGCUUACAAUGUUAUUAUCAUCUGUCGUUUCUACUUUACUGUUAUUGAUCCACUGAACAGUUCCUGACUUCCUUUUUUUGGUUUUUUAUCUGGAGCUUCAGAGGCUUUUUUUUUGGAUGCUUCCCAGGUUUUUUUCAGCUAAUGCUCAGCUGUGCUUUUGGUUGCUGUAACGUCCACUGCCUCCAUCUCAUUGGUCGCUCCCCUCUGCAGCUCUGACAAACCAGUCAGAGCCGGUUUUAUGCCGUCUGGCAGUGCGGGAGUGCAAUUUGAUUUCAUACUUCUGUGUACUGCAGAAUAUAAAGACGAUUACUUGGCGAUGAUAGGCUUAAUCAGGUCCGAAUGUAACGGUUGUUCGAUUAUACUUACGCAUGACACUCCAGCUUUAAUCUAUGCUUUCGAGUCACUCUUACACUCGUGCAGAAAUUCCCACUGAAUUGUUUCACUUGUGGGUUGCUUUUACUCCACUCACCAACUGGUUUGGGUUCAAGUCUAGACAUGGUUUCUAUUUUUAAGCCUGAUGUCUUGUUCUUUUCUCCUGAUGUAUUGGCUCGUUAUCUUGCUGGAGGACUUUUGCUUUAUUACUUGCCCUUUACUCACAAAAUUUUAUUUCUAAAAUGCUGUGUUUGAAGGUGCAAUAAAACAGAUUUUUUUUUAUCGGCCUCUGUGCAGACAGAAGCUUUGUGAAGCUGUUUUCACACUCCAAAAUGAGAGAACUGAUCCAGGCAUUCAUAACGGACUCGAAUGCUUCCAAGUGACAUCUGUGUUGGGCAUAAAAGACGCCGUAAACGAUGCAAAAACGUCUAUUUCUGCAUGCUUUCUGCAACACGCCAAGAAUAGAUCCUUCACAACUCUGCCUAAUGAUUAAUGUUGAUAUAAAUACCACAUGUGUAAUACCACAUAAUCCACAGCACAUACUGUAUUUUAAUACUUCAUUAGCAAAUAUCACACAUGGAUGAGUGUGAGACAACAACUCUCACGUACGAUUAUCUUCUGCUCGCGCAGCAUCUCACUCAAAGUCAAGUUUUUACCUUGGAGCUGGUUGGCUAAACUCUCGAAGUAACCUGGGAAAGUUGUGGAUAUUUGCACGCUUACAUAUCAUCAGGAACAUUUCUAGUGCGUAUGUGAAAAUGGGCCGAGUUAUCAACAAAAGUUGAGGCGUUCGUUUGAAUUGUUGGCAUUAUAUUUGAAGGGUUAAAUUAACUCCCUGCUGAAGUAAAAUUAAAGAAUUUGUCAAUUUCAUUACUCCUUCAUUUUCCCCAAUUAAAUGUAUGCAAUGUAUUAGAACUAAAUGUGCUUUAAUUACAUUAACCUUUGCCUUUGAUGCUACACUUUCAGGUUAUUCACUGGACUUGAGUUGUUUAACAUUUAUCAAAAACAUGGAAAAAUGGGGUUGUUCUAAAAUGUUUGAGAGAUUGUGUAAAUAUUUCAGUGACUGACUCAUUCUCUUAUUGCAGUGACCGAGCAGAAUUUGUUAAAAUGAAGUAAGGGGAAAAUGUUGCAUUCAAGUUGGGUUUUUUUUCUACAAAAUGCAGAUUUGCCAUGAUUUUCUCUCGCUUCCAUCAAUCCUUUUUGCUGUUUCACUGUUAAACUCAUUACAUUCUUUUUUUGUAUAAUUGAACGUGUUUUUGCUUUGUCUGCACUUUUAUGUGUUGCCUCAUUUUUUUGGCCUUUUUCUUUUUCUGUUUUGCUCAAUAAAACUCCCAGAAAAGCAGUUUUAUUCCAUGAAUAUCAAGUCUACUGGAAGAUUGAAUAAAAUUCUGUCUCUUUUGUGA